AUGGAUGCUUUAGUUGCUUAUGGAUCUGACAGUGAAAACAGUGAUUAUGGAGGAGACGAAUUGAGACAGAGAAGAAGAUCUAAAAGUGGAGGAAGGGAUAAUAAUGAAGUUAAACAAAAAGAAAUUGAUACAAGGAUGGAUGAUAGCGAUGAUGACGGAAGUAAAGCACCUCGACGACAUGCUACAGCUGAUAUAGAUAGCAGUGAUACAGAAUUCGACGGCCCUGCUAGGGAGGAUGGGGAAGAUUCUGAAGAUGAAAAUGAAGAUAUUAUGGAAGAUGAGGGAAAUGAAACAGAAGAAUUAAUGUUAAGUGGAAUUCCAAAACAUUUACUUUCGGCAGACCCCCAAACUUCAAUAGCUGGGGCCUCAACACCGGGAGGGGCUGCUGGUUAUACCCCACGUGCACUCCCACCUGAUAGAAGAAGCUGCUUUGUUGGCAGCAGAUGA